GAAAAAAACCCAGCUUAUUAUUAGCUUGUCGAUCGAUCUUACCGUGAAAGCAACGACUCCAUCCAUCGAUCGUUCCUCUCGUUGUUUCCACCGAACGCGAAGCAUGGCGAAGAGCGGCGCGGAGGAGUGGCGGCGCAACGCCGACACGCACAAGAUGAGCGCCGAGGAGGUGCGGGCGGCCGGGGUGGAGGCGUCCAUGCGCCCGCCGGGGCGAGGCACCGGCACCGGCGAGGUGCUGCACCAGCGGCGCCGGUUGCCGUACGGCCCCGGCACCAUGGCGAUGGCGGGCCUCGCCAUCUUCGGGGGCCUCGCCUACCUGGUGCUCUACGAGAAGGCGAGGCCCGGCACGCCGCCCUCCGAGGUGGCCAAGGUCGCCGUCGGCCACGGCGACCCCGCUGCCGGCCGCCGCCACGACCACGACGACGCACCUGCUGCAAAGUAACUACUUAGUAGGCCUACGUGCGUACUACUGAGUCCUGACAUGCAGCCUACCUCAAAGAUUCGUAGUGGGCGUACGCGAGUUGUGUUUUGUUUACGUCCUAGCUCACUGGCCCGGUCGACAUGCAUCCUUCUUUGUUUGUUUCAUCUUUUUUGCGGGUUUUGGUCAUGGAUCGAUCCACCAUGCAUGCCCGAUUUUGUAUGCAUGGUUUAAAGCAUAACGAACCAGUACAAAAUAAAUAAAAGGCAUGUUGAUUUACAGUAAUUAUUCCAGUACUGGUCGCUAUAUGUUAACUGCCGGAUACUAAGUAAAUAUAUAUACAUGAUCGUAGGUAAAAAAGUGUAUUCAUGAUGUUCUUGGGCGUGCCGGGGGGUGAGGGAGCGAGGGAGGGCCAAAGGUGGCCUUCAGAUAUUAUUAGCCCUUCUGGGCUGGGCUCUGCUCUAGUCACCAGAAGAAGGAAUCCUGUCUUCUUGCGGAAUUCUGCUGCGCUAACAGGGUCAUAAGAAAAUGUUGUAUCCAAGUUUGACUUGGUCAA